AUGCCCCUCCGAGGACCCGUGCCGGUGAAGCUGUGCAAGAAGGAGGACAGCGAGGUGGUCCGCGUCGGGCCCAUGACCGUCUACAUCUUCGAGGACGGCAGCAACACAGACAACCGGAUCGGGUGCAUGACGCUGGAGCUGCCGCCCGCGGCGUCCGGGCCGCCGAUGCACUGGCACCGCUUCCACGACGAGUGCUUCCUCGUGACCAAGGGGACGAUCCGGUUCACGACGCCAGACGGGGACGUCGACGCCGAGGAGGGGCAGCUGAUGGUCGUGCCGCCGCGGGCGAUCCACACCUUCUCCAACCCGUCAGAGACCGAGCCGGCCGAGUUCUUCAUGACGUCUACCCCAGACUUCCGCACGAUGAGCAAGACCGUCGCCGAGGGGAAGAAGCUGUCCCGGGAGGAGACGCAGCACCUGAUGGCCCUCUUCGGGACAUUUCCGCCGGAUGUGGAGUCGGAGCCGUAG